CGCCUUCAAUCUUUCGUUCACCGCGAUCGAUCGAUCUCCAUAUCUCAAUGUCAUAAGCAGGCUCUGUUAACAUGGCCGCUGCGAUGGCGUACACGAAGGAUGAUAAGGCGACUGCGGGACCAGCUCGCAAGAAGCUGAAGACAUCCGACCUGCCCCUUGCCUCUGCGACCCGCGCUGCUAUUGAGGGAUUGGCGCAUACAUUCAAGAAGAAGGGAGGCUACGAUACUCUCCGCAAGCAAGUUUGGGAGGAUCUAGUUGGAAGCGAUUUUGAGACCGAGUUCACACAGUCCCUGCUCAAAGUGGCGGAAGAGGAGUUGGAGAAGAACCCGUCACAACUUCUGAAACUUGAUCGCAGCAAAGCAACCCUCCUGAUCGAAGGUGCUGUUGACCGCGCGGGCGUUUAUCAAUCGGCUGAGGCCCGACUGGACAAAUUGAUUGAUGCGCAUCUCACCGAGAUCGAGACCGGGAUCCGGACCCUGAGAAGGGAGGAAAUCGGCGAGGAAGCAGCGGCCGCAGAGGAGGCUAGGGGUGGCAAGACAGACGAGCAGUAUGCCGAAGAAGCUGCUAAGAAGAGAGCAGCGCGGGAGAAGAUCAGAGAGGAAGCACGCGAAAAGGAACGGGCGCUCCUCGAGGAGAGAAGGAAAAUAGAAAAGGCGAGGAGGAGAGAAGAGGAGAAGAAGCUUGAGGCUGAGCAGGAGAGGAAAAAAGAAGAGAGAGAGGCGCGAAAGAGGGCUGAGCGUGAACGUGAAGAGGAACGUGAACGGGAAUUACGAGAACGUGACCGUGAGCGCGAACGUGAGCGGGAGAGGGAGAGAGAAAGAGCUAGAGAAAGGGAUAGGGAGAGAGAUAGAGAGAGGGACAGGGAGAGAGAUCGGGAGAGAGACAGAGACAGAGAGAGGGAGAGGGAGAGGGAGAGAGAGAGGGAAAGGGAAAGGGAUAGAGGUAGGGAUAGGGACCGGGACUGGGACCGGGAUGACCGCCGAAGAAGAUACGAUGAGGACGAUUCGAGGCACAAACACUCUACGAAAGAGACCCAGGAUCCUGUACCGAAACCGGAAUUGACGAAGGAGGAGAUCGAACAGCUUGAACAAGAAGCUUUGAAUGAUCUUCUAAAGGAAGGGAAACGUGUCGCACAAAGAUCGAGGCAUCAGCUCGAACUUGAGAUUGACGAGACACUCGCCCCUCCACCACGCAAGAGCAUGCCUGCUUCAGCUAUCAACCCCAUAUCUCGAGAUUCACCCGCCAAGUCAGUAGAAGUCAAGAAGGCAUCUUCGUCAAAGCCCAAAGCUGAUGAAUCAACUGGUGUCGCAAAACUUGCCGAUGAAGAGAAGAAGUACGAUAGUCGUGAUAGGAGAAGCAGCUACAGGAGCCGAAGUCGUGAUCGCACCUCAACUCGGAGGUAUAGCAGGAGCCGGAGCCGACGUCGUCGUGAUAGCAGGGAACGUGACGACCGGCGCUUAGCCGAUUCACGGGUUGGGGAUGAAGAGUUCGACAGCCGAAGGGAUAGAGAGUCUGUGCGAUCACGACGAGACAGUCGGGACCGUGAAAGGCGCCGUGACAGCAGGGACAGAGAUGAUCGUCGCCGGAGAGAUAGCAGAGAUCGGUAUGACCGACGUCGCAGAUCAAGUAGGGACAGAGACAGGGACGAUAGUCGGGAUCGUUCUCGUUCCCGUGAUCGCCGAAGAAGCUAUCGCUCACGUAGUCGUGACAGGCGAGACCGGGAUCGAGACCGGGAUCGAGACCGGGAUCGAGUUCGUCCAGCAAGCCCUUCUCGUAGGCACAUGUCUACUCUCGAAGAAAAGGAAGCUUGGAAGCAGCUUCAGGUCAAGGAACGAGAACUGGAAGCCAAAGCCUACCUCGCAGCCCAAAAGGAAGCGAGAGAAAAGGGGCUACCAAUUCCCGGGUUAAGUGACAGGAAGAAGGACGAUCACAUGACACCAAGACACAGGGAAGAUAGUCAUAUCACCAGCCCGACUUCCCUCAGAAAGCGAGAUUUGUCUCGUGAUAGGGAAAGGGAUAAAGAUCGUGGAAGAUCACCUCGUGCUAGAAGCAGAUCCAGGAGUUCAAUUGACAGACGUGGAAGCAGAGUCAUGAGGUCUACGAGUCCAGUCGACAUCGAUCGAUAUGUACCUGGAGCAUCAAGCAGGAGCGAUCGUCGGUCAAGUAUCACUGCACGGAGUCCAACACGGAAGCGCGAGAGAAGCAGAGACAGGGAUAGGGAGAGGGACCGUGAAAGGCGACGUUCGCGAGACGAUGAAAAACCCCGUCGGAGGAGUCGCAGUAGGAGUCGCAGAAGGGAUAGGAGUAGGGAUCGGGAGAAGACUAGGGCGAGGAGUAGGAGCCGCAGCCCGUAUGUGAGGAGAGAACGGGAUUAUUCGAGGAGGGAAAGGAGUAGGAGUCGUGGAAGGGAAAGGGACGCAGACAGAGAUAGCGACGGUGAGAGGGACAAGGAUCGGCACAGGAGAAACAGAAGUGAGAGUAGAGACAGGGAUCGCGAUAGGAAAAGAAGUAGAAGUCGAGGAAGCAGGAGAGAGUCCAGAAGGGACUGAGGGACUAUUCUGAGGGGCCAGGAAAUCUAAUUAAUGUUGUGCAUUAUCGCACCGCAGCAUGGUUUUCUAGCAUAGGUAUGGAUCUUUGGGAUUCUCGAUACACUGUCCCUACCCCAGAAAUGUAUUAGUAGUGUAAGGUUAAGAGGCCAUGAAAUCUCUCGGAGAUUUUGCAAUACAUAAUAAUGCU